UAAAUAGAACUCUUGCCAUUCCCUACACAGCCCAAGCACGUGCACGGUGCACCAUACUACCCUAGAUUUUCUUUGCCGGAAAAGAAUAACAAUGGGAAACGCCGAGCGUGAGGACGCGUACGCGCCGCCGGUGAGCGUGGAGAGCGUCCACCGAGUGGCGGUGCCGCCGCCGCAGCCAUUCGUCAAGUCAUUCGCGAACACGUUGAAGGAGACAUUGAUGCCGGAUGACCCUCUCCGGCAAUUCAAGAACCAGUCGCCUCGCCGGAAGUUGGUUCUCGGGCUUCAAUAUGUUUUCCCUAUUCUAGAAUGGGGUAGUAAGUAUAGCUUGGCGUACUUCAAGUCCGACCUCAUCGCCGGAAUCACCAUAGCUAGCCUCGCCAUUCCUCAGGGCAUCAGCUACGCUAAGCUCGCCAACCUGCCGCCCAUUCUUGGCCUGUAUUCAAGCUUUAUUCCGCCGCUGAUUUACGCAGUAAUGGGGAGUUCGAGGGACUUAGCGGUGGGGACGGUGGCGGUGGCGUCGCUGCUGACGGCGUCAAUGCUAGGGAGCGAGGUGAACGCGGCGGAGAACCCAACGCUGUACCUCCACUUGGCCUUCACGGCCACCUUCUUCGCCGGGCUCUUCGAGACCGCCCUCGGCGUUUUCCGGCUGGGAUUCAUCGUGGAUUUUCUGUCCCAUGCAACCAUCGUGGGUUUCAUGGCCGGAGCCGCCACCGUCGUCAUUCUUCAGCAGCUGAAAGGCAUACUCGGACUCGACCGUUUCACGCACGCCACCGACGUCGUCUCCGUCAUGAAAUCUGUCUUCUCACAAACUCAUCAGUGGCGAUGGGAAAGUGCAGUUCUUGGAAUUGCUUUUCUUUUCUUCCUUAUGCUUGCUAGAUUCCUGAGCCAAAGGAGAAAGAAUCUAUUCUGGAUAUCAGCAAUGGCUCCAUUGACGACCGUCAUACUGGGAACUCUUCUUGUUUACUUCACCCAUGCUGAAAAACAUGGCGUUCAAGUGAUAGGCGAGCUGAAGAAAGGGCUAAAUCCCCCGUCGAUAAUGGAUCUGAAUUUUGGGUCAGCGUAUCUGACACUGGCUAUAAAAACUGGCAUAGUCACGGGCGUUCUCGCGCUUGCUGAAGGGAUAGCUGUGGGCAGGAGUUUUGCAAUGUUCAAGAAUUACAACAUUGAUGGCAACAAAGAAAUGAUCGCUUUCGGAAUGAUGAACAUCGUCGGCUCUUGCACUUCCUGCUACCUCACCACCGGGCCGUUUUCGCGAUCGGCGGUGAAUUUCAAUGCGGGAUGCAAGACGGCGGUGUCGAACAUCGUGAUGGCGUUUGCGGUGAUGGUGACGUUGUUGGUGUUGACGCCAUUGUUCUACUACACUCCAACUGUGGUUCUGUCGGCGAUCAUUAUCGCCGCCAUGCUUGGCCUCAUUGACUACAACGCCGCCAUUCACCUCUGGCACGUUGAUAAGUUCGACUUCUUUGUCUGCAUCAGUGCUUACAUUGGUGUGGUCUUUGGCAGCGUCACUGUUGGCCUAGUCACUGCUGUUGGAUUGUCAUUGUUGAGGGUGCUACUUUUUGUUGCAAGGCCAAGGACUUUAGUUCUGGGUAACCUCCCUGAUACCAAGAUUUACAGAAAUGUGGAACAGUAUCCCAAAACUGACAGUGUUCCAGGCAUUCUCAUACUUGACAUUGGUGCCCCAAUUUACUUUGCCAAUGCAAGCUACUUGAGAGAAAGGAUUUUAAGAUGGAUAGACGACGAAGAAGACAAACUGAAAGACUCGGGAGAGACUAGCCUGCAGUAUCUGAUUCUUGACAUGGGAGCUGUUGGAAACAUUGAUACAAGCGGAAUCAGCAUGCUUGAAGAGCUUAAGAAAAAUGCAGACAGAAGAGACCUCAAGUUUGUAUUGGUUAAUCCGGGAGCAGAGGUGAUGAAGAAGAUGAGCAAGUCAAAAUUAAUAGAGACAAUCGGGCAAGAUUGGAUUUUCCUAACAGUGGGGGAGGCUGUUGGUGCAUGCAAGUAUAUGCUUCACUCAUACAAACCGAAAUCAGACAUAGAUUCAGUUUGAUGAAGCAACAGCGCUUGAGUGACCAAUUUCCGGGUUUGCAAUGUCACACAAGAGAAUAUAUAUGUAUGCAUGUAUGUAUGUAUGUAUUUGGCCAAAUAUCUAAAUCAAUUGGAUGUAUGCACCAUGGUGCAAACCAUAGGUUCAUCUAGAGCCUUACUUGGAUAUGGAAGGGUUCUUUAACCAUCCAAAAUAAUGUAAUCGAAUAUAUUUAUAGUGUAUAUCAAUAGCCUUCUAAACUUUUGCAAGAAAA